AUGAAUUGCUGGAAAUGGAAAGAAAGCUACUGGAGAAAGAUAUGUUGGAUUCUCAAGAGGAUUAACAGUAACAGUGAUGGUGAGGAUGGUGAGGAAGAGGGUGGAGAAGGAGCUGAUGGUGAAGAUGGUGAGGAAGGUGGAGAAGGAGCCGAUGGUGAAGAUGGUGAGGAAGAGGCUGGAGAAGGAGUUGAUGGAGAAGAUGGUGGAGAUGAUGAUGAAGACAAAGAAGAAGAACCUGAGGUGAGAACAACCAGAAAGAAGCACACAUCAAUAAGAAAAGAUAAAGAAGGCAGGUCUUCUCAGAAACAGGAAACAAAGAAACAAUCAAGGAGAAUGGAACGGGUGAAAAAAGCUGCUGCUAAAGAAGAAGCUGCUAUUGAAGAAGCAGAACCUGAAGCAGAACCAAUUAAAAAGUUGAAGAAGGGGAAGAAGCAAGCUGUAAACAGAAAUUCAAUGGUGGAUCGAAUCAAGAACAAAAAAAGGAAGGCUACUGAAGACAAGGAGUUCACGUAUACCACUAAAAGAACAAGGAGCGGCAACAGGCAUUAG